AGACGGACACAACAGAAUCAGCUCGUACAGGAAGUGGAUCGCUCCGGAUCGGCGGUGUUUUGAUAGCAAACAUGAGUGCGAGUGGAAAACUAAGACCGAGCCAGCAGAAGUCUAACGAGAACAUAACGAGUUUUUUCCCAACCUCUCAUAAGGCAAUGGGACCCCCCAGACAAUCCCUGCAGGUCCUUCAGUCCUCAGCUGUCAACAAAGAUCUUGGGCGGUCAGCUCAGGCAGGAAAGAUCAUUCCCAAAAGGAAACAGUGGAGCGCAGAACAAACCCGAGGUCCAAAGAGGGUGAAGGCAGAAGUCAAAUCCACACAAACAGAGGAAACUCAGUGUUUGCCUGAUGGCACGUCCACUGAAGCAUAUGAACUUAUGGUCAAAGAAACUCCACCCUCCGCCUACUGGAAAGAGAUCGCCGAUGAGCGACGGAAGGCCUUGUACAAUGUUCUACAGGAGAACGAGAAGUUGCACAAAGACAUCGAGACCAGAGAUGAACAGAUAACGCAACUGAAGAGUGAGAACGAAGAGCUGCAAGAGCUGGCACAACACGUCCAGUACAUGGCUGAUAUGAUCGAGAGGUUGACGGGAAAGUGCCCCGAUAAUCUGGAGGAACUGAAGGACAUUGCUCUUGACGUGGAUGAGAAUGAUGAAGACGACAGUGACGCUGCCGACGAGAGUGAGGAUGAAUAUUCAGAUAACAGCGACGAGGAAGAAGAGACGUCAGUGGAGAAGGAUUAACUGACUCACCUCGUGCUCUUGGACUUUGUCUUAAUACAGCAGCCGAUUUUGGCCAGAGUGACGUCAAUUUGAAGAUGUUUGCUUUUCAGUGUAAUUUAUGUUCAGACCGCAUUGUUCUCAAAAUGCAUCAUUUUAAAGCUAAUGUUUUACAAUUUUAGUUUUUUUUUAAACUUGUAAAAUUCGUGACCAAGAAGUGUUAAACUAAACCAGUGUAGAACUUUUUUUUUUGUUUUUAAUGGAAGACAUGACAUGUCAGUAGUAAAACACAGGCUUCAGUUAAUUUAGGUUAAUGUAAAAAUCAAUACCUCAGUCCUAACAACAAAGGGAUCGUCACUAUUGUGUAGCACACCAAAUUUCUUGAGUUCCUUCGCUCUCCUGGUGUGUGAAAGAUUUGCCCUGUUGAACGUCAGCAACCUGUAUAUUGCAAAAUCACAAUGAAACGGUAAUGCCUGUGCUUUUCUAACUGUCUACUGUGAAGAUUUAUUUAAGAACCGUCGUGCUACACUCACUGGUAGAUGUGGCUUACUUGAAGCAUGGCUUUAAGUGUUUACGCUGUAAAAAAUGUGCAAUGUUACGGCACAGCUGUGUACAUAAAGCUUGUGUAAAAUAAACACUUUUUAAAAAAAU